CGCUUACGCAGCUGCCGGCGAGCCGCCGACUGGCUCAUCCCUUCCAUCCACCUCACCCUCCCCUCCCCGCCCUCCCGGCAGCCCCAGCCCCGGCGAGCACCCAGUUAGCCUCCUGCAGCAGGGACUCCGGGCAGCAGUUCGGCAGCCCCGGCAGGGCGGCUGAAGCCAUGGAAGCCACCGCAGGUUGCUGAUCAGGGCCAGGCAGCUGCAGCAGCGACUGCAGACGCGCUGCGCCAAGCCCGGCCGAAGUGGGGCGAGCCGGCGGGGCUGCGGAGGGCGAGUGGACUCAGGGUUUUUGGCAGGAGUCGAUGGUGUAAUGUAUGUAACGUGCUUGGGUUCUGGCAUCAGUGGGGCUUGACGGGAAGCCCCGAGCCACGCGCCAACGGGCGCUCUGGGAAGGUGACGUCAAGACUAGCCCAGCAUAAUUUGGGGUUCCUGGUCCAGCUCCAGGAGUCCUCCAGCCUGCAGCCCCCACCAAGGAGGGAGGAUUGAGCAGCACAGGGGUGGGGGUCCGAGUGUCAGGGACCCAGGGGGCCUGGCUCAUAGUAUCCAAGGCUCAGAGCUGCGCCGCCAGUCAGGAAACCCUGCCCCCAUACCUGUGUCACCUUGGCAAGGUCUUCGCUCUCUGUGGGGCACAUCCACUCAUCUGGAGAACACAGGGUUGGUCUGGCUGCCCUGAGACUCUGCUGAUCGUUUGAAGUUGGGUGGCAGGAACCUGCUACAUUCGCUGGUGGAGGCAGCUGUGGCCAGAACCUGGCUUGCCAGGACCUCACUCAGUCCUGGGUGUCCUGCCGAAGGGUGAGAGGAGAAGCCAUGCCGGGCAGCGGCCCCAGCGAGAGGAUGACAUGGCCCGGCCCGGCCCUCCCCGCAGCACCGCCAACGCGCCCUCUUUCCUCAGCCCCAGGGACACCACUCAUCCCACCACUCACCCGGACCCGCAGCCUCAUGACCAUGUCCCUGUCGGGCAGUAGACGGGCCUCUGCUGGAUCCCGCAGUGGGGGCCCUUGGGGCCGCAGCGGCCUGGCGGUGUUUGCCCAGUGUCCGCAGCUGCCCACCAGCCAGAACGAGCACCUGCCUCUUCUUCCUGCCCCCAGGCGCACCUCUCCACCUGUGAGCGUGCGGGAUGCCUACGGCACCUCUUCUCUCAGCAGCAGCAGCAACUCGGGCUCCUGCAAGGGCAGUGACAGCAGCCCCACACCCAGGCGCUCCAUGAAGUACACACUGUGCAGCGACAACCAUGGUAUCAAGCCGCCUACCCCUGAGCAGUACCUGACCCCAUUGCAGCAGAAGGAGGUGUGCAUCCGGCACCUGAAGGCCCGGCUGAAGGACACGCAGGACCGGCUCCAGGACCGGGACACAGAGAUCGAUGACUUGAAGACGCAGCUGUCCCGCAUGCAGGAAGACUGGAUCGAGGAGGAGUGCCACCGCGUGGAGGCGCAGCUGGCCCUGAAGGAGGCCCGCAAGGAGAUCAAGCAGCUCAAGCAGGUCAUCGACACGGUCAAGAACAACCUGAUGGAGAAGGACAAAGGGCUGCAGAAGUACUUUGUGGACAUCAACAUCCAGAACAAGAAGCUGGAGACACUGCUGCACAGCAUGGAGGUGGCCCAGGAUGGCGUGGCCAAGGAGGACGGCACCGGGGAGUCCGCCGGCGGCUCUCCUGCGCGCUCCCUCACCCGAAGCUCCACCUACACCAAGCUGAGUGACCCCGCCGUCUGCGGUGACCACCCCCCCGGGGACCACCCUGGCUCCUCCACUGAGGAUGGGGCUGACAGUGGCUUCGUGGCGAACGAUGACACAAUGAGCCGGACGGACGUGCUGGAGGCCAGCAGCCUGCUGUCAUCAGGGGUGGACUGUGGCCCUGAGGAGACCUCGCUGCACAGCUCCUUAAGCCUGGGCCCCCGCUUCCCUGCCAGCAACACCUACGAGAAGCUGCUAUGUGGCAUGGAGGCCGGCGUGCAGGCCAGCUGCAUGCAGGAGCGUGCCAUCCAGACGGAUUUGGUGCCAUACCAGCCUGACCUGGACACCAUCCUGGAGAAGGUGACCAAGGCCCAGGUCUGCGGGACAGGCCCCGAGUCAGGGGACAGGUGCCCGGAGCCGGAUCCCCACCCCUCAGGGCCCAGAGACCCCAACUCAGCAGUGGUGGUGACGGUGGGUGAUGAGCUUGAGGCCCCAGAGCCCAUCACCCGUGGGCCCACCCCCCAUGGGCCUGGUGCCAACCCCAACCCCGGCCUGUCGGUGAGUGUGGCAUGCCCCAUGGAAGACGAGGAGGAGGCGGCCGCAGCCGAGAAGGAGCCCAAGAGCUACUGGAGCCGCCACUACAUCGUGGAUCUGCUGGCCGUGGUGGUGCCGGCCGUGCCCACGGUGGCCUGGCUCUGCCGCUCACAGCGGCGCCAGGGCCAGCCCAUUUACAACAUCAGCUCCCUGCUGCGGGGCUGCUGCACCGUGGCCUUGCACUCCAUCCGCAGGAUCAGCUGCCGCUCGCUAAGCCAGCAGGGCCCCGGCACAGCCGGCGGCUCCCAGCUCUGAGAAGCCCCCUCCGGCCAGUGGCUCCGGCAGCCUGACCGCUGAUUGUAGGGGUGCCGUCCUCCCUCUCACACAUUCCCGUGGGGCAUCAUCUUAUUUAUUUAGUUUUGGGCUUGGAAGUGGUUUUUUUCAGGAUGUUAACAGCGUCAGGGAGCUGGGAGCCAGGGUUGGGGAAUGGCAUCCCAGAGCUUGGACAGGGGAGAAGGGAAGAGAGACGUGGGGCAGGGAGGCACGCUGGUUGGACAAACCACAGGGAGGGUAGGUGGUGAGGUCCCGAACCCAGCCCCCGCCCACCUGGCCCUUCACAAGGACAGCGCUGCUCAGGAAGUCUCCAGUAUAUUGAUUCGGGGAGGCUGGGCCCAAGUAGCCUCCCCAUGUCCCCGCCAACCCCAUAUCCUGGCCAGUUCCCUGCUCACCCCACGCCUUCUCUCCCAGGCCACCCCUUGCCCUCAGCCCGGCUCCUGAGCCAGUAUUAUGUCCUCACAUGGACUGCAGCUGCAGUCCAAAGUACAGGCCCCUGACCCAGGACUCCAAGCAGGGUCUGGAACCACUGGGCCUGGGCUGGAGCUCCAGCCUCCUCAAGCUGCUCCCCACUUUGGGAUUCAGAAGCAUAGUCCAGGUCACGGGCUGGAGGAAAGACAGUGAUGGGCAAGAGGUAGCCGAGGGCAGUAUGGGUUCUCCAUCUGUCUGUGCAUCCCGGAUCUUCUCCACGCUCCACUUUCCUCCUGCGCUUCUGGGUGUGUCCGAUAAUUCUUCCUGCGAGAGCUAAGCCCGACAGGCUCCUCGCUGGGGUAGGAAUUCUCCCCUCCAGAGAGUCUGCCAGCGCAAGGAGAGGAGGCAGGGGCCGCAGCUCCAGGGGCUCUUCCAGCCAUCUGAGGUGGGGCUUGGGAGCCAGGGCUGGACUCAGCAGUCCUCAGCAGGUGUGAAAAGCCAGAGGCCAUGAUGGCCCCUGGAGCUGGACCCGUUUUUCCGGGGGCUUCAGCCCAACUUCUGUUUUGCACUUUGUUCAUUUUCGGGCUUGGUUCUCACACCUCCCAAGAUCUCCUGUGAAGUGGCUGCUUGCUUUCUAGGGUGAGCGUUCCUGAAUCUUAGAUCUAUCUGCCUGGGGGAGGCGGAGCAAGAUUCAGCAGGAUGAAUGGCAAGACGGAGUACAGAAGCCAUGAUGUUAUCUAGGACAAAGCAGGGUGCCCUGGGAUGUGUUCUGAGCAGGGACAGGGCAGGGACAGUGGGAGCCCUACAGCUUCCCUGCUCCCAGCCCGAGCCCAGUUGGCCUAGGAAAGUUCUCUGUCCCCCCUCCUUCCCUGGGACCAUAUCUGGGCCCCCUGGCAAAGCUGCUGACAUUUUAUUACCAUUGUUAUUUUACAAAGUAAAUCCGCUCCUCUUCCCCUGCAGGGCUGACACCCAUCUGGUCGUCCCACCGACUCUUCAGAGUUAGGCCCCACAUUUUAGGGGGUUGGUGGGACCCUGUGCCCUACUCACCCCUCUGGCCUAGGGGACACUCUGGUUCUCUGCCAAGGUUGCUUGCCCGCCCCUGCUGCUCCCACAGCCGCUGCCUGACUCGUGGGCUCCGCCCUUCCUCUCUGUGCCCUCCCUUCGAGACAGGGCACCUGCAUGCAUUGGGAGUGGACAGCCAGCCCAGCCAUCGGGGCCACCGCCCCUCUGCCACGCGCUUUGUGCCUCCAAAACUCCCCCACCUCGGUCGGGGCCUCAGACCAGCCAUCCUUUGUGGAGCGCCCCCUGCCCCAGCCGAACCAAACCCGAACUCCUGGGGGCUGCCCCCAGGACACUGGGGUCACGACAUGGAGGGGCCGUGGACAAACCCAAUCCAAAGCCAAGCCAGGACUGGCCGCGGACCCAGCCUCCUGUGCCGUGUACUCACGGAGCUGCGUAGUGAGUGUCUCCUUAGAAAUAGUCAAAGCUUUGCCGAGAAAAUAAAUGUAUGACUCUAUUUGACAACCUAAAAUCUAUAUAUUUUUCACCACUGGAAUUUAGUGGAGCUGCAUAGCCCCUCUGCUCCUGUCCGUGUCUUGCUGUUUGUGGCCUUCCUAUUGUGUCUUGUGUUUUGGUGGAUGUGGUCAGGGCUGGGGCCACAGUCCAUGCCGUCCCUGCUGCUGGAGAAGCCGCUGGUAAAGGGCUGUCCUGGGCCUGGACCCAGGGCCUCUGGAUGAGGUGAGUGGGGCCGGCUGCCGCCCUCCAUUCCUGCUCUGGCCCGAGACCGACCUGCCUAUCUGGGUCACAGGGGCCCUCGCCCACAGUGCUGAGGGUCCCCUCUUUGGGGAGUCCAAUGGGACCUUCCACAGGCUUCUCUUCACGUCAGUGGAGGAGGCAGCUCACUGGCUGCCCUGGGACGGACCCUGGGAGACCAUUUGGUCGGUGGUCCCGUGGGGCUCCUACGUGUGUGCAUGUGUGUGCUCAGUGUCCACAUCUAUGCAAAAGGUGCAGCGCAGCCUGUGCAGCUCCAGGAGGUAGAGGCAUGGCAGCCUGAGCCCCUGUCUAUGCAGGGCACAGAAUGCAGGGCUGGAGGGCAAGGCCAGGGGCUGGGCCGUCGAGUGCUCAUCCUCCAAAUACCUGCUUAAUACCUCCUCCUGGUGGGCUGUCACCUUUCCCUCCCGCCCUCGGCUUCUGGAGCAGAAAUCUUUGGGGCAUCCCCACACCCCAGCGUCUGGCCAGAGCUGAUUAGAUCCGAAGGGGCAGUGUCCCCAGGAACUGCCUUCCUGGUACUGCUAGUCCCUUGGAGCUCAACAGCCAGAAGUGGCCUCUUAGCUGUAGGGCCUAGGGCCCGAGUGGCCCUGCUGCUUCUCUGAUCCAGGCUCCGGCAGGAGUCAGAGUCGGGGGCCAGGACUCUGCACACAGAGCUGGCCUCGAGCGGAGUUUACCAAAUAUCUCCCAAAGGGAUAACUUAGCUUUUCAGUGAACACCCUUCCCAAUCACCACGAGACAGGGGCAUCUGACAGCCCCUUGGGGAGGGGUGGGCACAUGACAAGGUUCUGGGCAAAGGCCCACGGAGGGGCCUCUGCCUGGUGACCUCCUAAUUCCCUCUCUGACCUGGGGCACAGUGCAAACAAGUCACAGUGCACUCUCAUAUUUGGCCAUCCCCUUGACAGAAUUCAGGGGAUUCAGGAAGGAGGGAGGUGGGGAGGGGUCUUCACUUUGGUCUCCUUUGUCUUUUUGUUCAGACAGAGUUGUACCUACAGCAGACAGCUCUGAAUUAAAGCAUGAAAACACA